AUGACGGAACCACUCGGCGCGGCAUCUCCACAUUAUUAUCAUUGCGCGCUCUCGACGCUGAUCCACCUGAACUCGCGCGGACAAUCUCGCCCGGCCGACGAAACGAAUGACGCUAGCUGUCUCGCUCGUUCGCAGCCCGCGCGAGAUGCGCUCUCUCCUUCUCCCCGCGCGCCCGGCCGCCGCUCUCGACCAAUCGGCGGCCAUCUUUUGCUCCCCCGAGAGCAGAGCGACAGUGCGUACUCUCAUCACGAUCACAAGGAGACGACAUCUCGGCGCGCGAGGUUGUCGUUCCCGCGCGAGAUGCUAUACACGUUCGACGCGCGAAUUAUUUCAAUAAGUGCCUUAAAAAUUUUAAAGUGUUUGUAAAUAUAAAAUAAAUUAAGACUGUAAAUCUGUGCUCAAAAAAUUUAAUUAAGUGUAUUGUGAGAGACUGGACGCUGUUUCGUGUGUUAUUGGACUAUUAUUUUGUAUUAUUUCGGGCUUCGGCUGAUAUCGCAGAAAUUAUCCACCAUUGGGCGUAGGCGUGGUCGUCCGUCGCGGGCCAUGCAGGGUGCUGCCAGCGCGCCCGCGCCCCCCGCGGCCGAGCCGCCAUCUUCCCAACAUAUAAAAACAGAGGAAGUCAUCAGUGAAGCAAAGGUCGAGGCUGAUGAAGAAAUGGACGGAGUUCAAAUAGACAAGAAGGAGCUCCGCGUCACGAGGACGACCAGCAUCGACAGCGACAACAGAUCAGACCGGAGCGAGGAAGAUGACCUGAGGAGGGCGCGCAAACGAGCUGCCUCCACCUCACCCUCACCCAAACCUAUGGACAAAAGAACAGCGAGGUUCGAAUGCCUAAAAUGCCGGCAGAGAUUUGAAUCCGCCAACGCCUACGACCUCCACCGAUUCACCGCACACAGUGACGACACCAAAUCUGGAUUCGAUGACUUAACAUUCGUAGAUUUCUCCAGUAAAAAGUUCCCAGAGAUCGCCCGAGGAGUGUGUGAGCGUAACCCACACGUGUCAGUGACGGACCAGCGUUACAGAUGCGACAUGUGCAACCGUGACUUCCCCUGUGGACAAGCUUUGGACAUUCACAAGAAGGCUUGCCUCUCCACCACACGUAUCCCGAGCCCACGCGAAGAACGAGACCGCAGAGAGGAUUUCUUCGCUAAAUUAGACCUUACAAAUAGAUCGUUUGGUAUCACGGGUACAUUGACACCACCAAUGGAGAGAUUUACUCCCAAAUUUGACGAAAACCAUGUCACCAACGGCAUGAGACACAUAGAUGCUGCUUGCGACUUCGCUGAUAUAAAGUCAAUUUUAAAUGUCACAUCUGCUGGAGGCCUGCUAGAGAGGCUCACUGGCACAAGAGUGGCUUUAGAAAGCUCAAUUUUAACCCCACCGGACACCAUAAUCAAAGAGAGAGAUCAGGAAGAGAGUCAAGAUAAUUUUGCCGCAGAGUUCCGCCGAAUGAAACUGCGUGGUGAGUUCCCUUGUAGGCUAUGUCCUGCCAAGUUCCCAAACCUACGCGCCCUGAAAGGACAUAACAGAGUACAUCUGAGUGGCACGGGCCCAGGACCUUAUCAGUGCAACAUGUGUCCCCACGCCUCUCUAGAUAAGGCAGCGCUCGUACGCCACAUGCGUACACACAAUGGCGACAGGCCCUAUGAAUGUGCUGUGUGCAAUUAUGCGUUCACAACAAAAGCCAAUUGCGAGCGCCACCUGAGGAACAGGCAUGCGAAAAUAACUAGAGAGGAUGUAAAACGCUCAAUAAUUUAUCAUCCAUCUGAAGAUCCAAAUAAUGAUGAAGUCAACUCAAAAUUAGCGCGAGAUGAGGUGAAGAGAUCGCUCGCAUUCCACACGCCGGAUAUCGACCGACGCAAUGAAAAUACGGGACGUGAUACUCCGCUCACACAUUUCAAUCCUAGCUUCAUUACCGAAAGACAUCCUGUCGCAAACUUAACUAGCAAACCGUUACCGUUACCUUUGCCCGAGUCGCCGCUGCCAAUAACUCGAGACAUACCGCAGUCCCAACCGCGAAUUAAAGUCAAGGGCAUUGGUCAACUCACCCAAAUACCAGAGUUCAGACAACCAGACAUAACCUACAAAUCAAACGACAUACACGACUCUUACGAUGAAGAAGCUCCCGUCGACUUGAGCACGAGUGACAAUAACAGCUGCGAUGUUCUUGAUCUCAGUAAAAAGAAACGAGACACCGAGUCCGAGGAGCCUAAAGUCCCACCACGUCCAUCAUUCGAGCCUGACGCAGCCAGUGUCGCAGCUUCAGCUUUUGAAAAGACAAGAUUCCUGUUAGCAUCCCAGAGAUUAUUUGAGAAUUCUCUUCCUAAAAUAGACCCGGCGUACUACGCAUCUCAACUGUCGCAGCUAUACGCUGGCGCUGUUCCUGGUAUUCCUGGCCUGCCCUUGCCUCCAUCCUUUCCCAUCACACCUUACCUACUUCAGCCAUCCUUCUUCCCCCACCCUACGGAUUCGCAAGAACUAGCCGAGAUCAAACAGCAUAUACAGAAAGAAAUCAUCAGGGGCUUGAGUAUGUCGGGUGGCAGACUUGUGCCAAAUGAGCAAGAAAGUCAAACCAAGUUGGAGCCUGAAGAAGAAGAACAGAAGCCGCCACCGUCCGUGUCUCCAAUACCAUCGCCGCACUCCGAGUCACCGAGACCACCAAUGACUAACACUCUAGUGCCCCAAACAGAUUCUGUGAAAAUGGUAAUCAAGAAUGGUGUUCUGAUGCCGAAACAGAAACAACGGCGUUAUAGAACUGAGAGACCCUUCUCAUGCUCCCAAUGCUCUGCUCGCUUUACACUGCGCUCCAACAUGGAAAGGCAUGUAAAACAGCAGCACCCGCAGCACUGGAGUGUGCGAAGACCAGCGCCGAGGGCCCCACCACCGUACCCUAUGCCCGAUAACAUGAACGAGAGAAUGAAGUUCGCACUAUUAGCUCGCCAUCUUGAGAGGCCCUUGCAACAAUCCGAACGCUCACCCGUACGAAGGGAUUCUGAUGAAGUGGCCGACAAUGAGGAAGACGAGGAGGAUACUCUCGUGAUUGAUGAGGAGCCGGAGGACAAUAAGGCGGAAGAUCACACCGCGGCGCGCCGGGCUGCCGCUGAAAUCCUAAUGGCAACUUGCCAACAGGAAAUGGCAAAAGACUUUGAUGUUAAGAUCGCUGGCAACUUGAUCAACAAACCUCUUCCUAUCAAUAAUGACAAGAACGAGUCUGGCAUGAGUUCUGGGUCGCCAACGCAGGAGCCACUACCUGUACCGGUGGUGCCAACUCGUAGUGAUGAAGAAGAAGAUGAGGAAGGAUUAGUCGCUUCCACCAGCGAAGGCAAUAACUCGGGCAGCGAUGAAAACAAAUCUGAAACGGACUCAGCACUACCACCGAAGAAGAAGUCGGCGUACAGUCUAGCGCCGAACAGAGUGUCAUGCCCUUACUGCCACCGCAAGUUUCCCUGGUCAUCAUCGCUGCGUCGCCACGUGCUCACCCACACCGGACAGAAGCCAUUUAAGUGUCCCCACUGCACGCUUCUAUUCACCACCAAGUCCAACUGCGACCGUCAUCUGCUGAGGAAGCACGGAGGGUCCGCCAGGGCUGUACUUGCUGAACCAGUACCAGACACCGUCUCCCCACCACAACCAACUACAGACUCUCGAGCGGUACCGGAGAGGCCAUUCAAAUGCGCUUCAUGUCCGACCAGCACGUUUUCUUCCCUUGAAACCUUAAAGAAACACAUGUCCUCGCGGCAUGGAUCAGAUUCUCAGCCUGGUUCCCCUAUUCCUGAGGUCUUGGAGGAAACCAAUGAUGGUGGUCUAGUCUUCAAGUGCCAUCUUUGUGAAGCCUCUUUCGGGGAUAGGAGUGGGGCUUUGUCCCACUUGGCGACUGGCCAUGCGGCGGAGUACGAGCAGUUGGUCAGCAAGGGAGCCUUGGACGCUGCCAGCGACAGGAGUGAAAGCGCUGAUGAUGACGAAAGAGGGAAGUUUCCCGACCAUGCCAACAGGAAGGUGGUCUGUGCAUUCUGUGUUCGCCGUUUCUGGUCGGCCGAGGACCUUCGCCGCCAUAUGAGGACUCACUCCGGGGAGCGACCGUUCGCCUGCGACCUGUGCCGCCGCCGCUUCACGCUGAAGCACAGCAUGCUGCGGCACCGCAAGAAACAUCGCGAGGAAAUCACUGAUGACGAGGAACCCUCGCCUCCGAACACUCCGCUUGAGGAUGGUAUCACUAAUGGAUACCGUUACCAAGACGACGACGGUUCAGGAAGCGAGAUCCCCAGCAAUGUGAACAACAACAACUCCCCGCCGUCUGCCCCUUACGAGAAGAAGCUGAAACUCGACAUGACGUCGCGCAAAUACUCAUCGGAGGCAGAAAACGACCCUGAGAACAGCGAUCUCAUUGGCAAACUCCUCGGGAUCCCGGAUAAGACCAUCAACAAACUCCUCUCGUCCGCUGACGAAGCCGCAAAGAUACUCGGCGUAAACAAAUGAGAGUACGCAAUAGUCCUUGUGACACCCGCUAGACUUAUCCUAGCGCCACGAGGACUAAAAUUACCUCUACAAAACAUGCAAAUACAAACGUCCAAAGCAAUUGAUAAAGGUACAACCUCGACUAACAACGAGUAGACGUAACAUACGUAUGUUUGCGCAAAUAAAUUAUUGUAAAUAUCUUUUUUCUAGUUAUCCAAAGCUUCAACGAAUGUAUAUUUUAUAACAACGCCAUCUAGCAACGAGUAGAAGCAUUAAGUGCUACCGUUAUGGUACAGUUCACUUCAAUGCAAUAGCGUGUAAAUAAUAAUUUACUAGGUGCCUUUAGCUGCCUUAAUAUAAAGUAUAAACCGUCCUAUUAUGCCUUACUGUACUUAAAGCUUGUAUAAAUAUGUGGGUAAACAACAACGAAGGUUUUAGUGCCAGUUAUUAAAGUACACUGUAAUAAUUUAGUUGUUAGUGUAUACUCAUGCUCUUACAUAAACGAUGUAAGCCAGUUGUAAGUAUGAUAGAGUCAUUUUAUUGUAAGUUUGUAUUGUAUUUUAGAGUUAAAUACCGCAGUCAGAACAUUAAGUUCUCGUGAAACUCUAAAACACAAUAAAAACAUAAAAUACAUAGUUAUUUUCGAAAACUUCACUUUAUAUUUAAUGCACAUAGUUAGCUCAUAAUCUAUCGACGAACUAGAAGCCGAUGAAUUUUGCAUUUCCAUCUAGUCGGGUACUAUUCUCCGUGACUUUUCAUGUAUGUACUUACUUAUAAAACACCCAUUUUAGUAAUAAAGCUGUUAUGUCAGCCAAAAAAAAACUUAUGUUUCGCAAAUUCCAAAAUUGUUCUAGUCAACUUUUUAACGAAGUUUUUUUCCUUAUUCUAAGCUAUGAUACCAAAACUACGAAGUUAUCAUCCUCUUAACAGUCUAGAUAUUAGAUAAUUAUGCUAAGACUUUUAUGUGUAAAACUCCAAUUUAUUGUAAAACCAAUGAAUAGUUUUAGCUUCUAUUCUUACAAUAUCUUACUACCUAUAUUUAAUAAUAAUAACUUAGAAAAUAAUUCUAUAUAGAUUCUGUAGACUUGUCUAAACUUAUACCUAAAACUUUUUGAAUAUUUCAGCCCAUAUCUUAACAUAAUUAUUCUUCAACUAGUAUAAUGCUAUUUUGUUUCAUCUUAUACAUAAAUACUAGGUACUAUUUCAAUCUUUAAAUAUUGUAUCUCAUGGGGCAGAAGCCAGUCUUAUGCUAAUUUAGUAAGUAAAGUGUAUAAUAGACAUCUUUAGAACUUCGAAAACGUUAAUUUUCUAACACAUUGUGUAAUUAUAUUUUACGAAUUUUGUUUGCUCAAAUUCAUGGCAUUUCUUUACUGACAAAGACUAGAUGUUAGGGUUUAUCUUAAGGAAAAGGUUAGGAUCUCUUAGUACUUAUAUCUUAAUAUAUUUUUCUAUAUAUAAAUUCUGAAUAUAUAAGUUUUCUAACCCACGGCUAUCGGUGGCCCCGUUAACCAAAAUGGGAGUUAAUUUUGUUAGCAACAAAACUAUUUAGUUUUUACAUUGAAAAAUUUAUUGGAGUUUUGUUUUUUAAUUAUUAUUUUAUUGGUAAAAUAUCGGUGCAGCAAUAUUAUUAUGUUUUUUAUUUUCGUAAAGGUUAUGAACCUGUAGGAUUUAAUUAGAAUUAUAGGAAUUAAAGUCUCCAUUCUGGAUUGACGAAUCAUACGCUAGAAUAUACCUAAGUUCGAAUGUGCUUUGUAUAUUUUGUAAUGCUACUAUACUUAUACCAAAUAUAUUAUAAUGUAAGUUUAAAUAUAAUAAUUAAUAUUAUAUGAAUUUAUUAAUAAUUAUAAUGCUCUUUUUAGAGUAUGGUAUAGAAGUCAGAUUUAAGCAAUAAUUGUGUAAAUUGUAUCUACCUAUAUAAGUGUGUUUAAGGGCUUGGUUAUGUGAGAAACAAUGUCAAAGGUACAUUUAUUUGAAAAAUACAAGCUAAGAAUAUGUAUCACUUCAAGUAAGAUGAAGUUAAUGGAAUGAGAAUGUCACUGUUUCUCUUAAAACCAUUUAUAAGACCUAAAUUCGUAAUUACUAUUCAUAAUUAUUACAUUUCAAAGAUAGACGUGAAUUUUCUUAAAUUAUAUCUAAAUAUUUCAUUUGUAACUUAAAAGUAUACCAAAGUAAGUUUUUUAGAUUUAAAUUCUAAGUGUAUUAAUUAGUACGUAUUAUAAUUAAUUUAACUGAUUCCUGCUUCAUGUCAAUUAUAGUUAGAAGGAAAAAAAGCGAAUGAUUUUUGAUAUUUAAAAAUUGUAUUUAUUUAGUGUCUUUUUGUGUAAAAAUUUUGCUUCGUCCAGUAGUUAGGUAUGAGUUGCUGUUUAAAGAAAAAUAAUGUUACAUAAUUAUAAUUAGAAAAUAGGUAGUAAUCUCGUACUUACUAGUAAAAAAAUAUUAUAAGAUUGUAGAUUUUAAGAAUAAUGUGGCAACACCGCUUGGCCUUUUUAAACGUAGUUGUACGUGUGUGUUUAAAAAUAUGCUCUCGUAUUAUAAGAUUAAAGUAAAAUUUUACCAUUACUAUGCAUGGUUUUAAUAAUAAUUAUUACUAUACAAUUAUGAUACUUAUAAUAAGAUGUUACGAUUCACACUUUGCCUCUCUUUACGCAAUAUCAAUGAGUGUCGUUUUAAAAACGGUUUUGUCAAAUAAAUAAUGGUGUAAUAAUAAA